UCUCGGUCUCCCCUGGUCUCGAGCGCAGCGCAUUUCAAGCAACUCAGCCGUGUGAGUCAGCAACAGCUACGGGGCUUCAGAGGUGGAGUUUCCACAACUUCAAUACUUUGACUGCAAAGUCUUGUAACAUUCAGGGGUAUUUGGCUCUCCCUCCUCAUUUUCUAGACAAAGAGGACUUCAUUUCAUUCAAGGCUCACCGCUUUGGGGGCUGCAUUGACUGGGGAUCCUGACCAGGAGUUCACAAUGAAGUCCCUUGCAUCUUCGUUGCUUUGGAGGAUCAUCAUCUUGAUGAUGCCAAUGGUCUCAUUAGGCCAGACAUCUGAGUAUGUGUAUGAUUGGAAGGGAGAGUACAAUAACGGCCGUAUCUACGACAAGCCUCCACAGUGUAUGGACAUCCCAGAAGACCUGAAGCUCUGUCAUGGAGUGGGCUACGACAAGAUGCUGCUGCCAAACUUGCUUGAGCACGAGAGUAUAUCUGAGGUCAAACAGCAGGCUGGGAGUUGGGUGCCCCUGGUGCACAAGAACUGCAACCCGGGCACUCAGCUGUUCCUGUGCUCCCUUUUUGCGCCCGUGUGCCUGGAUAGGCCCAUCUACCCUUGCCGCUGGCUCUGUGAAAAUGUGCGUGAUGGCUGCACACCCAUCAUGGAAGCGUUUGGGUUCCCCUGGCCAGAGAUGCUCUCUUGCGAUAAGUUUCCGACAGGUGAUGUGUGCAUCAGUGCACCCAAUGCCACAGAGGCCUCAAAGCCCACUGGACACUCUCCAGUUUGUCCUCCUUGUGACAAUGAAAUGAAAACGGAUGUGAUUCUGGAGCACAUGUGUGCCAGUGAAUUUGCCAUAAAGACCAAGAUCAAGGAAGUAAAACGGGAAAACUCGGAUCGCAAGGUGAUCCUGCAGAAGAGGAGAAAACCCGUAAAACUGGGCCCUUUGAAGAAGAAGGACCUGAAGAAACUCACUCUGUACCUGAAGAACGGCGCCGACUGCCCCUGCACGCAGCUAGAAAAUCUUGGAAACAUGUACCUUAUAAUGGGACGCAAGGUGGACAAACAGUACCUUCUCACCGGCAUUCACAAGUGGGACAAAAACAGCAAGGAGUUAAAAAAGACCAUGAAAAAACUCAAAAGCCACAAGUGUCCUGCCUUUGAGAAUGUCUUCAAAUAAGCAUUCUUACAGCUCCCACUUACUUUAUGAACUUGCACAUCCAGGCAAUGCGUAAUAUUGUUUUAUUCCAUUGUUCAUAUAUAUAUAUAUAUAUAUAUAUAUAUAUAUAUAUAUAUAUAUAUAUAUAUAUAUAUAUAUAUUUCCCAUGUAUUUUAUAGAUCAAACACUUGAGGUGUUCUGUCUUGGAUCUGUGCUGUUUAAGACUGAAAAGGUAAUGAAAGAUACAGUAGACAAUCUCUCCACCACAACCAACUAAUCACUUUUGUAUAUAUCUAAAACUGUUUGAUAAUAUGUUGUAAAAUGAUCAAAAUUCACCUGCAAUUCAACCCUAACCCUUUUCUUUUAACAUUUUUUAAGAAACAUAUUACAAAAGAUUUCCGAAGCAUAGUUCUCUGCCAAACGUCUUUGAAAUGUAUUGAUACAAUUGUGUACACUGUGAAAGUACAUACCAUAUAAGCCAUUUCUUUGGGCAUAUUGAGUCUAUUUUGCUGGAGUUACUCCAAGUUGAACAGACAACAUUAUUUUGCAAUGUGCAUUGGUCACAGACCUUUCUGUGACCUGAACCAUUCGGUAAUCAAACAUGUUUGGCAGUUCUCUGUUAACUCUGGUGAAGUUUAAGAGGUCUGCUUUGCUUAAUUACUGCCAAGAUAUAUAUGCAUAACAUUUAUUGCACUGCUAAAGCCAUUUUUAUGACAAACUGAGCUGCCCAAUCCCAUAUAACUGAGUUGAUUAUAGACAUGUUUGAUAAUAGAUUAUUGUAUACAUAGGCCUAUACUUUAUCUGCUGUAGACCAAACUGUUUUCUGACUAGUAAAAUUAUUAUAAAAGAACAGUAGCCUACUCAAUACAUAUACAAUAAACAAUACUGAUAAAAAUGUUCAUUGCUACAAGACAUUUGUCCAUGUAAUCUCACAACUUAAUGUAAUUAGUGCAUAAUGCUGUUAGCGUCGAAGGUGAAAGGAGGUUUUGCAAAGCUCUUGACAUUUUAGUCCACAGUUUUGUCUGAAAUGCUGAAGUGUUGCUUCCUGUUUUCCACAAAGUUAUAAUCUUGUUGUGGCAUAGCACUAUUAGUUUAAAUGUUUCUCAGUUCCCAUUUUUUGUUGCCAAUCAUUUUGAACAAAAAAUUCUAGCACAAAUAUAAAAUAAAGACUAUAAAAAUGUUAA